AUGUUCAUCGCUCUCUACUUCAUCGUCACCCGCCUCCCUCACUCUCUUAGCGCAGUCAAGCACCUCCUUCUCACCCUUGACCCCACAGACCUCACUGUCAACCUGCUCGAGAAGCACCUCCUUGCAGCAAAGACUAGCAUAGUCGUUGUAGGCGCUUCUCGUGGCACUCCUCGCACUCCCUUCUUUGAGGGGUGUUCCCCCUCCCCCCUUGUCCCCUCAGUCCAUUCUGCUGCUGCUGCUGACUACCUUCGUGGGAGGCGCCAUAGCGGCAGGGGCAAGGGAGGCAAGGGUGGUGGGGGUGGCAGCGGUGGAGGCGGUGGUGGGUGCGGUGGAGGUGGUGGAGGUGGCGGUGGUGGCGGAGGGAGUGGUGGUGGGAUUGGAGGCUUUGGGGGCGGCGGUGGCAGCGGCAGCGGGAGUGGUGGCGGCGGCAGUGGUGGCGGCAGUGGGAGUGGUGGCGGUGGCAGUGGUGGCGGUCGGGGUGGAGCCGGUCAGAAGAGCCGUUCUGGCGGUGGUCAGAGGCAGCAGCAGCAGCGUCAGAGUGAGACUCCUACGUCCAAGGAGCUUCGUGAAUGGUUUGCUCAGCAUGGGGCGUCUGGGGGUAGUGCUAGCUGCCAGUACGUCGUUUGCACAGGUGACCGCGCUGGUCAGACAUGCGGGAAGGUUGGUCACACACAGUGCCACUGCUUCUCCCGUCUUAACGACGCCUUUCGCGCAGAGUUUCUCGACACGACUGAGCUCCCCCGCUGGGCAGAGCUGCUUAGGCAGGGUGUGGAUAUCUUUGCUCUUGAUUAUGAUGCUAUCCUUGCUGCCAUGUAUGCAUUGAUUGUUAGUGCUGAGGGUGACUGUUACCUGUGUAUGCCGCCCAACCCAGUCCUUGCACGUUCCUCCACUGUUCUCCCAUGUUAA